GACCACAGUCUCAGAUCUACAGGAUACACCAGGCUCCAUAUUUCCUUUAGAUUUUUAAAAUAACUUUUUCUAAUGAGGAUGACUGAUACUGUUACUGUAAAGGAGGGAGGUGAUACAAUGAAAAAUUCAGAAAUAGAGGUAAAAGACAACAUUGCAGAGCAACACUUCAUAAAAUCAGAAAGCCACGAGCAAAUUCAAGUGGAAAAGAAUGAAAGGUGUACCAAUAAUAAAAAUGAUGUGCAGGAGAAAAAUCAGAUUCAGCCAACACAAUCUUUUGAAAAGGAAGAGAAACUAUUGAAAGAUGAAGCAGAAAAGGAAAAGUCCAUUGAUAAAUUGCCCAGGAAAAUGUUAUCAAGAGAUUCUAGCCAAGAAGAUACAGAUUCAACUGGUAUAGAUCUACAUGAGUUUUUAGUAAAUACGUUGAAAAACAAUCCCAGGGACAGAAUGAUGCUGCUGAAAUUGGAAAAAGAAAUCUUAGAUUUCAUUGGUAAUAACGAAAUCCCUCAAAAGAUAUCCCCCCCCCCCAUGACCUCUUACCAUAGAAUGUCAUUGCACAGAGUGGCUGCUUACUUUGGACUGGAGCACAAUGUGGACCAGAGUGGAAAGUCAGUUAUAGUAAAUAAAACCAGCAAUACCAGAAUACCUGACCAGACAUUUUGUGUAUAAUUUC